CAUACACAUCUAAUACAACAAUACAAUCAGUCUCAAAUCUCUCGAACGAACGUAAACUUCUCCACAGGAAACUAUAUAUUAGUUCUUCUCUAGACUAUCUAGCUAGUUAAAGAUUAAUUAAUUCUUGUACAAUGGCGCCGAUGAGUCAUAAUAAUCCCUUCUCGAUGCCGACCUUGUUCGAUGCUUUAGAGCGUAUCCGUCUCUCAGAAGAAACCUCCGCGCGUUUAAGUAAACUAUACAACCUAAUGACUAGCGAGGAAUGUGUGUCCCAGUUUAGAGAGAUUAUCUCAAAGGAAGAUGACCCAGAAGCUCUUCCCAAGUUGGUCUCGUUGCUGACGUCAGACUCCGAUUACUUCAUGGAGGUUGUCAGAAACAAGCACGGUUCGAAACGCGUGCAGAUGCUCCUAGGAAUAUCAGACGACGUGGACGCGCUCUUCUACGAGUCUAUCUUGCGCCGGUUUCUCGACAUCAUGACGGACAAGUACGCAUGCCACGUGGCGAUACGAGCUAUGCUCGUUUUCGACACCAUGGAGAAAUUUAUGAUGUACAAUCACGUCCUCUAUUACGCCCUCCGCAUGGCGUGUACUCAGUACGGUUGCAUCGCGCUCAACGAGGUUAUAACCGAUGUGGGUGAUCCUCGCUACAGAAAGCUUCUAGUAGACUUCGUUGCAUGCAACGCUGUCUGCCUAAGCAACGAUCCUUCAGGGAACUUUGUGGUCCAACACGUGCUUACGCUGAACGACUCGCGUUGCACGCAUAACGUAGCGAUCGGUCUUUUUGGUCAUUGUGUUGAUCUGUCGUUUAAGAAGUAUGGGAGCUACAUCGUGGAGAAGCUUCUGGAGGCAGAGGAGUCGAUGGAUGUGGUGGUUGUGGAGCUUUUGGACUGCGAAGGAGACAGGUUGGCGAGGCUGGCGAGGAAUGAGAUUGGGAAUUUCGUGGUGCUCAAGGCACUGAGAGUCACGCAUGCUGUGGAUAGGUCCGGUCUGUUUGGAGAUUUGGUGCGGAAGCUGAUGCCGAUUCGCCACCUUUUGGUUAGGUCUCAUGGAAGCAAUAUUGCAAAGUUCUUGGAGUCAUGUUCUUUAACUACAAGACGCUCAGAUUAGAAGAGUUUGAUUGUUUUAUGAUUGAUUGCUGAAAUCCUGUAGAAAGUUGUGUUUUUUUUUAACAUUUGUUAAAGAAGUUUAGCAUUCAAGUUUUAUAUAAGGGACCAAAUUUGAUUUAA